UCAGAGGAAGUCAACUCAACUCUUCCUCUGUCAAUGACCCUUGCCGCGCCUUUCCGCCCUUGUUUGUUUGUCUUCUCGUCCUCUCCACCAUUUCUCUCCAUUUUCGCUUCACUUCGUCAUCGAGUCCCCCCUGGUCCUGACUACCCCUGUUGAUCUACGGUCGCCAUGGCCAGGGUCGACGUCACCGCGGAGACCGAUCCCGCCGUCUCGGGUCUCCCCCGCGGUCCCAUCGAGGCCCGAUCACUGUCCUCGAUCACCGCCAUCGCGUCGAACCCGCCUGCGUACCCACGCAAUCCCACUCAGACCAGGUUGGACCCGCUGUCCUUGUACAUCGUCCGGGUUCCUGGUAGUAAAGAUGUCUUCCUCUCCCCUCUCAAACCCCCGACAAAAGCCAGCGUGUCCGCCGAAGCGAUCAACGCCUCCCUCUACUACCUACAUGUAGCCACCCCCGACGACGAUGCCCUGCUCCAGGAGUACGCGGAGGAGCGCGAAGAAGAGGCCAGGCUGCGCAAGGAGAGGAUGGGAGAUGAGGACAUAGAUCUGCCGCAGAAGUUCGCGCAAAUGAAUCAGGUCCGGCGCAAACCGGUCGCAGCGGAGGAGAACCCUCCCUCCAAUGCGGAUUUCGACCCUCCCCCGCCGCCCCUGCCGGUUCGUCCAUCCAAAGCAUCGCAGGGACUCGAGGAUUUCGUCCAGCCCAACCCGUUGGUGGCACCCCCGGUGCACGAACUUCCUCCGACUGCCUCUGGGCCAGGACUUGCCUCCGGUCGCGAACAGAGACCAAUCGAGGAUGCGCCGCACUCGAGGAAUCCAAAUCCACCCUCGCGACGACCGCUCCCUCCGGUCCCCGACGAGGCACCGUUGUAUCAGCCCCCCAGCAUGCCCAAUCGCUGGAGCGCAUUAGCCGAGAUGAAUAGCAACGGGAUGGAAGGCUGGAAAGAUCAUUACAAAGCCCUAACCGAUGGACAUCAUGGCCACGAGUCAAGGAACAUACACGCGCGACCCCAUUCGGCCCACGAGAGUCCAUCUCAUUCUCGUAUGGGAUCUCCGACUCGAAAUGCGCAUCAAUCCCCGGUCCGACAGCCUUACGAUCACAGACCACCACCCGCCGUGGCUCGACCGCGACCAGGUUUCCACAUUACGCUGAUCCGUCGCGACCCGACGCAUGGAAUACAGUGGAAUGUUGCGACCAUGUCGACUCCCCGCAUGGACGGCAGUGCCAUUGACAUUGAGGUGUCCACACCAGGAUACAACCGAUUCCUGGCGCAAAACGAACCACUCGACCUGGCCAGCCUGGGGCUGAACCUGUCCAAUCUCAAAGCGGGCGGCCAGCCUCCGCCGUCUCUUCAACCUUCGCAAGCCGCUGAACCCAAGGAAUCCACGAACCCGACUCCGGACCCAGCGAAGCCACUUAAAUUCCAACGCAAGCUGUGUGUCUCCAGACCCUUCCUCCCAGACGAUGCGCGGGGCUCCCUCGACAUGCCCGGCAACCGCUCCUCCCAAGACACCGUCCCCGUUGGAGGGAGGGCCGGCAGUCCCUCCAGGUGCAGUAUCGGGGGACAGAAGCUCAAAAGCGGGUACUACACCUUUACCUCUCCGUGGAACGGCAACUGCACGUUCUUGACGAGCGUCAACGGUCGCACCCUGAAAUGCAAACACAUGAUCCCGAUGCCAGGACAGGGCCAGGGACCCAACGGCAUGGAGAAUCCCGCCGUCACAGUGGCCGAGAUCAGAUUCAACACGCCAUUUCAGGCAGGACAUCUCGCUCACCAACCGGGCUCAUCGCACCUCUCACCUUUCACCCUCAGCCAGACCCCGACCUUUAACGAACCGGUCUUCAACCCAUCCGGCACAGCACCUGCAGCAUCCGGCCCUCCAGUCUCCGGCAUGCCCCCUACCACAACCACGACCUCACAGGCCUCGAAACGCAGCUCGUUCGCCCACUUCCUCAACCCCCACAACUUCUCCAACCGCCCACGCUCUCGAAGCAGCACCACCUCACACGACCCAACCCACGGCCCACCCAGCCAACGCCACAAACCUCACUUCCGCAAAUCCUCCACAAGCAGCACCGACAGCGACGGUCCACCCCCACCACCCCUCCCCCGCCGUCGUCCCGCCCCAUCCCCAUCCCCAGGCCCCAUCGCCCAGAACCCCAACCAGGGCCAGGGCCAGGGCCAGGGCCACCCCAUCCGCCGCUUCCCCAGCGAAGACCGCCUCGACCUAUCGCUCGCAAGAGAAAACGCAGGCGGCGGCAUGCGCGGGAAGAGCGCCAAACUGGGAAAACUGGUCAUCGAGGACGAGGGCAUCAAGAUGCUGGAUUUGGUCGUCGCGGCUUGUAUGGCUGUUUGGUGGAGGGGGUAUUACUAUUGAUGCCCCCCUUUUCCCCCUGUUUUUGAUGAACGUUUUAUGGUAUCUAUUAGCAUUGCAUUUGGUUUACUUUUCUUUCCUUUUUUUCAAAUGAUUGAUUGAUUGG